CGCCCUGAGCUCCCGCGACGUCGACACGGUGCUCCAGAUCGUCGCCCCGACCUCGAGUGGUGGUUCCAUGGUCCGCCGACCCCCCAGUCUCUCUUACCUUCUUCCAAUAUCUCCACUCUUGAGCAGCUCAAGACCUCUGCCGCUGAUAGAUACACAAAGGAAAGAAGCAGUAUUGUGGUCAUCGGACUUAGUAUUCACACAACACCCGUUGAAAUGCGUGAAAAACUUGCCAUUCCAGAAGCAGAAUGGCCUCGAGCCAUAGAGGAGCUGUGUGGUUUAAAUCACAUAGAAGAAGCAGCUGUUCUUAGUACUUGCAACCGAAUGGAGAUAUAUGUUGUAGCUCUCUCUCAUCAUCGUGGUGUCAAAGAAGUUACCGAGUGGAUGUCAAAGUCAAGUGGAGUCCCUGUUUCUGAGCUAUGCCAACACCGGUUUUUACUCUAUAAUAAAGAUGCCACUCAGCACCUCUUUGAAGUAUCAGCAGGUCUUGACUCUCUUGUCCUCGGAGAAGGUCAAAUUCUUGCCCAGGUGAAACAAGUUGUUAAAGUCGGCCAAGGAGUUGUUGGCUUUGGUAGAAACAUCAGUAGGCUGUUCAAGCACGCAAUCACUGUGGGAAAGCGGGUUAGAACUGAAACAAACAUUGCUGCUGGGGCAGUUUCUGUAAGCUCUGCUUCUGUUGAACUUGCCUUGAUGAAGCUUCCUGCACCUCCGCCAUGGCUGCUGCCUUUGAAUGUGAUCAACAAAAUCAAAGUUUGUUAACUCACACCCAAAGAUCUCAUCCGUCUGCUUGCCUCUGCUGCUGCCUUUGAAUGUGAUCAACAAAAUCAAAGUUUG